CGUAUAAAAACAUGUCGUUUAUACUUUUGCUUAAAUAAAUCAUGAUCUCGAUUCGAAUAUCUUUUAGGGUUUAUUCUGAUCGAUAACUCGUCCCCCAUUCCCAAUUCCUUUAUUUUCUCAAAUUGCUCGUUUCGAAGAUGGAAUCAAAUGCAGACCCUGAGAACCAAUUGAUGAUUGAAGCAUCACCAGAUUUGCAAAUUGACCCUAAAAGAGCCCGGUUUCCGUGCUGCAUUGUAUGGACUCCCAUUCCUGUUAUUUCAUGGUUCAUUCCUUUUAUUGGUCACAUUGGCAUAUGCAGAGAGGAUGGUGUGAUUUUGGACUUUGCUGGUCCAAAUUUUGUGUCUGUGGAUAACUUUGCUUUUGGAGCAGUGGCUCGAUACCUCCCAAUUAGCAAAGAAAAGCGGUGUCAUGCAUUUCCUUGUCCGAGUUUGUAUAUUAGUGAGGAUCAACAGCAUGAUGAACAACCUGAAAAUGAGAUAUUGACAUGGGAUGAUGCAAUUCGGAAGAGCACGCAGGAAUUUCAGCACCGCUCUUACAGCCUUUUCACUUGCAAUUGCCAUUCUUUCGUGGCCAACAGUCUAAAUAGGUUACGGUUCAAUACUGGUGGGUGGAAUGUGGUGAACCUUGCUACUUUAAUCUUUCUAAAGGGUAAAUGGGUUAACAGAGCUUCCAUGGUGAGGUCUCUCUUACCAUUUCUUGUAGUUAUUAGUAUUGGACUUGCUUUUGGAGGCUGUACCUUUCUAAUGUUCUGGGCCUUCUUUACCUUUUUCCUUGUUGGUUGGUUCUUCUUUGGUACAUACAUUUUCAAGAAUUUAAUUGAAUUGUAACUUCUGCCAUUACAUAUUUAUAUAUCAAUUAAGAAGAUUGUAAAGCUUUGACCACGGUUCUUAAAAUGGGGAAGAAGAAGAAGAAGAAGAAAGACACUGUAGGGAUUGAGUGCUUUUUGAGUGAGAGUAUAUUGUUAAUUCAUUCAUUUUGGGAAGAUUUUUUUAAGUGUGGUACUCUGGACACAAGUAUACAUCAUUUCUCAUAACCUUAUUGAUUUGAAGGACAUAAAAAUAUGCACUCUUAAUGAGAAAAUACUAUUUGGUCCAAUAUUUUCAUUUGUAAAAGAGGACUGAUAUUCAAUUGAAAUAUAAUAUCUUCAAGUUAUAUAAUCCA